AACCCCCGAGCAGAUAUGGAUUUAAAGACGGCGGUGUUUAAUGCCGCCCGGGACGGGAAGCUCCGUCUGCUGCAGAAGCUGCUGGAGAACAAAGCUGGGCACGAGGUGGGCCAGCUGAUGGGCGAGAAGACCAACGGGGCCACCCCGCUGCUCAUGGCGGCCCGCUACGGCCACCUGGAGCUGGUGGAGUUCCUGCUGGAGUGCUGCAGCGCCCCGGUGGAGGCCGGCGGCUCCGUCAACUUCGACGGGGAGACCAUCGAGGGAGCGCCGCCCCUGUGGGCCGCCUCGGCGGCCGGGCACCUGAAGGUGGUGCAGUCCCUGCUGGGCCACGGGGCCUCCGUCAACAGCACCACCCUCACCAACUCCACGCCCCUCAGGGCCGCCUGCUUCGACGGACACCUGGACAUCGUGAAGUACCUGGUGGAGCACCAGGCGGACCUGGAGGUGGCCAACAGGCACGGACACACGUGUCUCAUGAUCUCCUGCUACAAGGGCCACAAGGAGAUAGCGCAGUACCUGCUGGAGAAAGGUGCAGAUGUCAACAGGAAGAGUGUCAAAGGCAACACAGCGCUCCAUGACUGCGCAGAGUCGGGCAGCCUUGAGAUCAUGCGAAUGUUGCUGCAGUACGGUGCAACCAUGGAACAGGAUGGUUAUGGCAUGACACCUUUACUUUCUGCCAGUGUUACGGGCCACACUAAUAUUGUAGACUACCUGACAACACACCAACAGACCAGCCACAUGGAACGCAUUGAUGCCCUUGAGCUGUUGGGAGCUACAUUUGUUGACAAGAAAAGAGAUCUGCUCGGAGCUUUGAAAUACUGGAGGAGAGCAAUGGACCUCAGAUACCUGGAUAGUAACAAUAUCGUCCACAAACCAGAACCAAAGCAGCUGGUGAUGGCAUACGACUAUGCUAGAGAGGUCACAAAUGGAGAAGAGCUGGAUGGGCUGAUAUCUGACCCGGAUGAGAUGCGCAUGCAGGCUCUGCUCAUCCGCGAGAGAAUCCUUGGUCCACAACAUCCAGACACGUCCUACUAUAUCCGCUACCGAGGCGCUGUUUACGCAGACUCUGGAAACUUUGAGCGCUGCAUCAACUUAUGGAAGUAUGCACUGGACAUGCAGCAGAGCAAUCUGGACCCGCUCAGCCCUAUGACGGCCUCCAGCCUGCUGUCGUUCGCAGAGCUCUUUUCCUUCAUGCUGCAGGACAGGGCCAAGGGGCUCUUGGGGACCUCUGUGUCCUUUGAGGACUUGAUGGGUAUAUUGUCCAAGAGUGUGUUGGAGAUUGAGCGAGCAAUUAAACAAAGUGGACCAAUGCCUCCCGAUCCCGCUCAGCUAAGCAAGGCCCUCUCAAUUAUCCUGCACCUCAUUUGUCUUUUAGAGAAGGUGCCGUGUACUGCAGAGCAGGACCAUUUCAAGAAGGAAACCAUCUACAGAUUCUUGAAACUGCAUCCUUGUGGUAAGAACGGCUUCAGCCCACUACACCUGGCCGUUGACCGCAACACCACCUGUGUGGGCCGCUAUCCCGUCUGCAAGUUUCCCUCCCUAAUAGUUGCUUCAGUCCUGCUGGAGUGUGGGGCAGACGUUAACAGCCGAGAUGAAGAUGACAACAGCCCCCUUCACAUAGCUGCAUCUAACGGUCACCCUGACAUCAUGAACUUGCUGAUAUCCUGCGGGACUCACUUUGACAGCACCAACGCCUUCCAACAAACAGCCUGUGAUCUCCUGGACGAGAAGGAGCUGGCCAGGAAUGUCAUCCAGCCCAUUAACCACACAACGCUGCAGUGCCUAGCUGCCAGGGCUAUCAUCAAACACAGCCUCGAUUACCGGGGAAACAUUCCCGAGAAGCUAGAGGCCUUCGUCUUGCUCCACAGAUAAUGAUCAUGAAGAAGUAAACGGGGAUCAGAAGAGUGAAGAGAGAGGUGGGAACGCGACUACAUCAAGUGGACGGUACCUGGUGAGGAGCCUUAUAAGCCCUCGGGGGUUUAAGAAGCAGAAAGACAAUAGUGUGAGUCAAGUCUGCAAACUGUCUAUUUGGAGGGUAUUAACUUGAAGAAUCAUGUGCACAAAAUGCCCUCAUUUAACCAGGAUGAACUGAAAAAUAAUUGGCUUGAAUGAGUGACCUUGUGCUGAAAGAGCUGCAGCUCUGAUUGGUCAUAGCAUGAUCUCUGGGGAUAAAUUGGGAGCAUGUUGCAACAUGGACAAACAGUUGUCUCUCAAUUAACUGAGCAGAAGGUUUCAUAUAUUUUUGCUUGAGGAGAAUUUUUUUUUUUUGCAAAUUCCACAAUGCUAUUUAUUGUAUGAAACUUGAGAGAUUUUUCUCCAUGCUGGUUCCUACCCAGUCACAACAUUGCCUGCUUCUCUCCUCAGAGCAGUCUCAAGGCAUUUCUACACAUGCUGGGACUUAAGGUUAUUUUUUAAAUUUAAUUUUUUUUUCUUUUUCUUUGUCCAAUCACUGUUGCCAACAGUCAUGGACCCUUCCUCGGUCAUCAUUAGGUUUAUGUUUUUGUACUUUUACAACACCUGUAGUUUCAGAUAGACAAAUCUGGAUAUCUGCCAAGUGGUGUGGAUUCUAGACUCAUUUGUCGUCCUCACUUUAGUGCGUAACAAAGCUUUACAAGAAGGGGUUAAUGUGUGUGAACACCAUAAGUGCUUUAUUCUUCCUAUGCACAGGCAGGGCUAUUUGAAAGAGAGACUGUUGUAAUCUGUGCCGGCACUUGUCUGUGCAAUAUGUCAUAACUUUUUUUGUUUACCUCAUCGCUGCCGCGUUCUUCAGUAUCCACCUGUUUCACGCAAAAGUGGUGUGAGAGGAUGGGGCAGAACCAUUGUGCUGAUAGUUUUAGGAGUGAAUGCAUUUAAGUGGCUGUAUAUUUGAAUGGGUGAUCCAUGUGUGUGGUCCAUGCGGUGUGUUUCUUUUUAAAACGGAGGGUGUGGAUGAGCUUUCACAAAUUAAGGACAUGCGUUACAGUGAAGUGGCGCUCAUGGAGACUCUGCAUUGCACACGACAGCCACUAGAAACCCCAGGAGCCAAACUGUCUACAGCCGCUGGGGAGCGCAGGUUUGUAAACAGAAGUGACCUCUCAAUGUUCAUUUAUGGCUGACCUUUAAAUGCCGUCAUUCUUUAAUAAUGCUGAUCGAAAAGAAAAUUGGGUACCUUGCCAAUAUUUGCCCGUUUUGCAUGUGCAGCAGUGUAUCAACCAAAUAAUCACAGCAGAACACCUGUCACGACGACUCCUAGACUCCAAACUGCAGCUGGAAUAGGAUCUGCUCAUUUUGUAACAACCAUCGUUUAGUUUUUAUGAGAACUGAAGGCAAGUAAGUGGGUGGACGCCUUGACUUACAGAAUAGUACAGCUUUGUGAAGUACCUUGUUUGCACAUUAGCUUUAGGUGUGUGGGUUGGAAAAAAAAAAAGGGCUUUUCAUAAUUUGUAGGAUUUCAUAUUGCAGUUCAAAACCAGACUUGGAUAAUGUACCAGGACACCCAGGGCAACUUGAUUUGAAUCUGCACUUUACUACAGCGGAGUUUAAGAUUUGAUAUGGCAUUAAUCAAUUUCAUGUCUUAAUUACCAGUUUGACAAUAAACCCAUGUUGCACUUG